AACCAAGAAAAUUUUUUUUUCAAUCAAGUGAAAUAAGAGAUCUUUUAAAUUCUAAAGAAAUUUUUUUACACGAUUUUUUAACCAAAAUUUGUACAAAUAACACAUAAUUUUCAACGCAAAUUCGUUCAAUACGAACGGAUAUCAAUUUGCGUUCUUAUUUGAUAGUUAUUUUAAAGAUUUUGCGUUAAGAAGAAAUGGCCAGCUAGAAAUGGUAGACGUCGUCGUUGUCUCUACGUACUAAGAUCCCUCAAUUGACGUGAAAAUCAGAGUAUAGCGCUUUCUCAACGAAAAAAAGUAGAGAAAACACGUUCCAGUAUUUUGGCCGAAAAUUUUUUAUUUUUUCGUUACAAAUAGCCAAAGAGAAGUCGUCGCAGUCUUCUAAUUGAAGACAAAGUUGCAUUAUAUAUUGAAAUUAAAGGAAAUUGGACUUCUUCGCAUUUCAUAUGCAGCAGCAACAGUAGCAGCAGCAUAUGAAAAAUAAGGUGUAACCUCUUUUUUCCACUACACCACAUAGAAGAAGAAAACUUACAAAUAUUAGAAACUUUGCAAAAUUUCCGGGCCUUGAGAGGAAGCGCAGCGCACUGCACGAACGGAAAGGGCAGACAGUUUGACGCAUCCGAUUUGACAGAAUUGCAUUGCCACCGACCGACCGUCUUGUCGAAAGCGGGCCCCAGAGAGAAAUUUUGCAAUUAUCAAACACAAAUCUGAUAUUGAAGAAGAGGCCACACAGCCGUAAAAGGCCCAGCAACAAAAAGUUUCGGUAAAUUACGGAAAGCGGAGCAGCAGGCAAGCAAUCAUUGAUCGUGGGACGUAGUUAAUCGGAAAAAGGAAACUGGCGUAAACUUUGCAUUGAUGGUAAUGCAUGCUAGAAAACCGCAACGCAUGAACGAUGGCUACUUUGAGAAGCACCAAUCUCAUUCGUAUCAGAGUUCCAAGUACAGUUCAAAACGAGAUUAUGAACGCGAUCGUUCCUCGAACUAUCGCGACCGCGACCUUUCACCAGCUGGCGGAGGCGGACCAUUAAAUAAUGGUAAUUCAUAUCGAUCACAAUCUCCUGAAAUAGAUUCACCAUCAUCCAGGGGACACGGUUCACACGAUAUACGUGAUCGUGACCAUCGUGGUGAUCGUUUCAGUUAUAUACAAAAAAUGAGAGAUCGCGAUCGUGAUAUUUAUAAAAAGGAUAAAUAUUCAGAUAAACGCGAUCGUCGUGACCGUGAUUCUGAAUCGCAUCGCACGAACCAUGACAGGAUUGAUAGACGUGGAGGAGGCGGAAGUGUUAGUGGAGCCAAGCUCUGUUCUUCCAGCAGUGGAGAUAAACGUUCGGGUUCAGACGAUCGCGAUCGAGACCGUGAUCGAGAUCGUGACCGCGAUCGUGAUCGCGAUCUAAGAGAUAAACGAGACAGAGAUUCACUGAGAGAGCGCGACCGAGAUCGUGAUCGUGACCGUGAGCGCGACAGAGAUCGCAGUGCUCGUGGUGGUGAUGAUCGUGAACGUGAUCGAGGUGGUGGAGGCGGUGGUGGUGGUGGCAGCGGUGAUCGUAAUGAUCGUGGUGAACGCAUAGCAAGAUGUGGUGAUUGGAGUGAACAUGUCAGUUCUUCGGGAAAAAUGUAUUAUUAUAAUUGUAAAACAGAAGUCUCACAAUGGGAAAAACCAAAGGAAUGGAUGGAACGUGAGCGAAACCAGCCGCGAGAUCAACAUCGUGAAAAAGACUAUCGCGACAAGGAGCGCGAUAGAGAUCGCGAAGAACGUUUUUCCAGAUCAUCAUAUAAACAUUCCAGUUCUCGUGGCAAUUCCCGGGUGAGGUGGAACUAUGAUAACGAUAGUGGCCCACCAAAUCAUCGAAGGCGUAUAGAUGGACGUUUAUCUGAAAAUCCUGAUAUGGAUAUAAGUCCCGGCGACUCAACGCCCACAUCGGAAGCCAGUUACUCAUUAACGGGCACUCCCACCACCUACGUGGGUGGCAAUCAACACAACGACCAAGCAUUGCCAUCAGCAACAGUGGUCUUACCCAAUGCAUUGCCUCGUUUGGCUUCACAUCCCAAUGCCUCUAGUAAUAUGACCUCUUCCUCUGUCAACGUCAGCAGUCAAUCAUCGGCCGCCGUUUCAUCGAUGCAUUAUCCUGCUGCAGCGUGUCCGAAUACAGCUGCGGCGGCAUCAGCAACCGCUGGCGGCAUGAUUGGUUCUGGGGUGGUGGUUGGUGGAGCUACUAUGUUACCCGCAACAGGUCUUGCUACAACAAAUUUAGCAGCGACGAUACCAUCGACAGCCACAGCCUCACUGUCAAACAGUGGCAGUAAUAGCAAUCAUAGAAAAUUGGAUGCUGUAACUGCGUUACAUCAAUCCCAUAUGGGAGCUGUUGGAUCGCCUAAUACCACAGUUCCGACAUCCUCGAGUCAAGUGGAUCAUCAUUUAAAUUCAAAUGCUCCUGGUCCGCCAAAAUUAGGUUCUAAAGAUCCCGCUUUGUUAAUGCGCCAACAACAGAUUCAUCAUCAUUUAGCAACACAGGAUGGUCAUCUCAUUUCUUCUAGUACAGGGGAUAAUAAUCAUGCUACAGCACAGCAGGUUAUGAACAUAAGGGAGAAUGCUCUUAAUUCACCUUUAUAUAACCUAACACAUGCUCAUGGCAUGUCGCCCAUGGGUUAUAGUAAAAGUCCUAUAACAUCAUCGACAUCAGCGUCAUCGGGCAAUGCUGUGCCCGCGAAUGCUGGUCAACUACACGCAGCGUCAGCCCAUACGAAUAAUGUCAAUAGUGGCGGUAUGCCUAUUGCUAGCCUAGCUGCUGCAACUUCAUAUUCCUGCACCAAUCCCUAUGGACUAAAGACUGCUGAUGGUAACGUGUUAAGUAGUAACAACGUUGGCAUGAAUUCCCUUAAUGCCGCUGCUAAUGUUGGCGUAGUGGGCGCUGGUGGCGCUGUUGGUGUUGGUGGCAAUAAUGCAUUAUGUUCCACAUCAAUGCUGUCUGCCAAUUCCAAUGUCAUCAAUAUAACCGGUGCAAUUGUUGGUGGAGGAGGAGGUGGUAAUGUUGGAGGUGUUGGCUCCGUUGGCGUUGGUGUUGUUUGUAGUGGCAGUGUUGUUAAUAUGAAUGUUAUACCGGGUGAGGGACCACCGACACCAACACAGGAAUUAGAUUUAAGCGGUAGUUCAUCGAUAGAUCCCCAACAAAGAAAAUUGGAAGGCACAACAUCGGCAUCGUUAAGUACUUUGCAAAGUUGUGUUUCAAAUUCGAUACAGGCUGGUCGUUCACAAGGACCUGAAAUCUCUACAAAAUUAAGCAAAUAUUUCAGAGGCGAUCUAAUUACACAUGUUACCAAUUGGGCAGCAGAUCAAUUAGAAAAACAGGCGCAGAAAUGUUCGGAGGAGGCACAUCUCUAUGGCGAUUUACAGUGUACAAAAGUAUCGGCCGAGUUAAAAUGUGCGAGAAGUUUAGUUAGAAUAACUGAAAUUACAGCAACAUUGCAAGAACAAAAAAUUAUGUAUUUACGCCAGCAAAUACGUCGAAUAGAAGAAUCAAAAUCACAAAAUUCAUUUAUGUCCGAUGAUCUAUAGCCAAUUACAAUAAAAGGAGCCGCAGAAGCGUUGAUUUAAACCGAUCGAUGUCUAUGGAGAAUAGCAACUAUUCUCUGGACAACUUCAAAGAGCCCCCAACACACAGAACCCACACACACAACACAUACAGAGCAAGAAGCAGCGCAAGCAAAUAACAAUUUCUUUCUGUUCAAUAAAGAAUGAGGUAAUCUAACAAAAAUAUUAAGCAAAAGAAAAUAGUUAAAGAAAACUUUGCGCAUAUUGAAUGAAAAUAAUAAUAAAUAAAUGCAUUAAAUUAAACAAAACAAAAAAUAAUAACAAAAUCCAGAAACCGAAUGAAAAAGUAAAAAUUAAUUUCAAAAACAAAAUCAACCCAACUGCAAAAAAAAGGAAAAUAAAUUAUUCAGACAACAACAACAACAAAACCCCACACACACAGAUACAAAUAACAGAAAGAGCAUAAAAGAAUAAAUAAAUAAAAUUGAUGAAUAAUUAUA